UUUGCAUAAUUGUCUUGUGCGGUGGAGUAUAUAUUCCCAUCCCCGCGAGUCUUUUUCAUUCAUCCCUCCAGCCGUGAUCUCUAAGUGACAUCGUUCUGUGAUCUACCUACCCAGGACUUCUCCGAAGCUCCACCAUGAAGCUGUUUGUCUGCAUGCUGCUGGUAAUGAUCGUUGUCAUGGCAACGCUGAUUGACGACUCCGAGGGAUGGAGGCGCCGACGCAGGCGCAGAAGGUCCGGACUCCAUGCCGAUACAGAUGCUGAGUUGAGGGAGGUUAUGGAAGAGGCGAGGGCGCUCCUGGAGGAACUGAAUGAACAGCCCGAACAGCUGGAUACACGGGAAAUGGACGACAUGGACGUGGGGAACAUUCUCACAGAUCAAGACACUAGAAGGAGACGGUAGCGCCGAGUGACCUAACGGACGACCCGGAUAGAAUAUCUUUUUAAUGGCGUCAAAAGAGAUGAAAAUAAGAAAAAAUAGACCCCAUGUGUCAUUGGACGAUUAGUCGUCUCUUUUUAAAUUUCUUGAAUUGAUUCCUUUUGUAUAACAUGUAAUGUUAAUGCAGAGGAUCCAAAACCCAAAGUGACCACAUGGCAUCCAAUAUAUAUAGACAUAGGAAAUGCUAAAAGACGCCAAAAAUACUUUUUAACAAGGCCCCGCCAAACAAUUGAGCCAGUACAUAGAUGCAUAGAACACUAGUAAUCCUGGUAUCAAAUAAAAAUGUUACCGUGUAUAUA